CCUACCAUAGACCCCGAAAGUGUGUAUUGAGGGGUCUAUUAGAAAGAUGAAAGUGGUUAUAUGCCUCCAAACACAACAGAUGAUCCCCAUUCAUUAAACGACAAGACACCCUGAUAAAUGCCAACUGGAUUGCACGAAGGUGAGAGGCUAAAGAGGAUUCUCAUAGUCCAUGGCAAUGUUUUACAGUCAGAUGACUUCCACUCCUUUCUCAGUGCGGGACAUAUUGAACCUGGAGCAGAAUCAAGAGGACAUGGUCUCUCUGGACAUGUCUCAGCGGCUGGACAGUGCCCUUAAUACGACCUCAUCCUGCAUGAUGUCCACUUUUAAACAAGAGCAGUUCAUGGACAUGCCAUCCGCAGCCACUCUUUUCGGCGAAGACCUUCAGGAGGACAAAGCCAACAAAAACAGCCCACUGAACUUCGGGUCUGCUGCCUUUUAUGGGAAGAAUUUCUUAGAAAUGGACUAUGUUAAAGACGCAAAGACGGAUGACACAUUUGAGGAAAAGGAGACAAAAGACAUUAGCUGUUGUCAAGAGGAGCCAAGUGAAGAUCUAAAGCUGGAUGAUCCUGAUCGCCCCAAACAGAGGAGAAGGAGGAAGCCUCGCGUACUUUUCUCUCAAGCACAGGUGUACGAGCUGGAGCGACGCUUCAAACAGCAGAAAUACCUUUCUGCACCAGAGAGAGAUCAUCUAGCCAGCGUUCUUAAACUCACAUCUACGCAGGUGAAAAUCUGGUUCCAGAACAGACGCUAUAAGUGCAAGAGGCAGCGUCAGGAUCAGACCCUGGAGAUGGUCGGCAUCGCGCCUCCGAGACGCAUCUCGGUGCCGGUUUUGGUUCGCGAUGGGAAACCCUGCCUGGUAGACACGUCGACUUACAACACUUCUUACAAUGUGGGGAUCAAUCAUUUCACCUAUAACACUUACCCUGCCUUUAGUAAUUUCCCGAGUCCGGGCAACACGAACUACUCCUGCAACUACCCAUCGAGCAUGUCUGCCAUCCAGUCCUCACAGUCAAACAAUAAUUACAUGAACUUUGGAGUUGGGGAUCUAAAUAAUGUCCAGGCGUCAUUUCAGUCCAGCAGCGGAGUAUCCUCACUACAUGGCAUCCGAGCUUGGUGAAAAGUCUCUAAAAGACGAACAUUACCGCAUGAAUGACUUCAAAUGACAUUUUCGUAAUUGGUGACUGUAAUUCGCUGAAGAUCACAGAAUCAAGGCUGGGAUGGGUUUAGAUCUGCUUGUGAAACGGUAUAUCAGAUGCAAAUUCGUUCAUUUUCACGCUUUAGUAACUUGAAUUUAGUAUGAAUAAUUUUCUUGCACUUGAGUUGAAUUAUGAGAGAUUGACAGCACGUGAAAUAUAAAACAUGUAGCUUAUUUAUGAUUUUUCACUUGAUAUGUUAUGAGGCCUCUGACUGUAGCCUUUCUUUCUUUCUUGCAAUUCAAUAUCAAUCAUUCUAUCUUUCUUUCUUUCAAAUGUAGAUCAGUCUAAUUUUGUGUGUCCAUCUGACUUAGGUAUAGACUGAAACUAUAAAAAGAUAGGGGAAAUGUGUUACAACAUUACUGCCAUUAACGCAAUUAUUGUCUUUGUGUAAAUAACCAUAAAGCAUGUAGAUAUCGCAAAAAUAAUACGGCAAAAGUUUUGUUAUUCAAUUGUUUGUCUAGGUUUGAUAUGUGAACUUUUCGAAAAAAUAAAAGGAUUUGCAGAA